AUGAUGGACGUCGAGAAACCCUCAACCCCCGUCGAGAUGGAGAAGGUCAAGAUGUCGGACAUCGAGUAUGAGCGUGCGGAGCUGCUGGCCAACCUGUCGGAUCCGGACGCGGGUAAGAAUGACGAGGAGCGUCGCCAAAUCGACAAGAAGCUCAUGUGGAAGGUUGACAUGGCCCUUAUUCCUUGGCUAUCCUUUUUGUACCUGCUGUCCUUCCUCGAUCGAACUAACAUUGGCAAUGCUCGUCUGGCUGGCCUCGAGAACGACCUCGGCAUGAUCAAAGGAGAUUACAAUAAUAACUUGACAAUUUUCUUUGUCGCUUACGCCGUCAUGGAACCCGCCACCAAUGCCCUGCUCAAGAUGAUCACCCCUCGUCUGUUCUUCACCGUGAUCAUAGUUGCGUGGGGCGUUAUCAUGACUCUUAUGGGUCUGGUCACCAACAAUUCCGGACUCCUUGCUGCCCGUUUCUUCCUCGGUGUGGCUGAGGCUGGCUUGUUUCCUGGUGUAAACUACUAUCUUUCCUGUUGGUACAAGAGCUCAGAGAUCGGUAUCCGCUCUUCCAUCUUCUUUUCGGCUGCUGCACUCGCCGGCUCCUUUGGUGGCCUGCUCGCUGCCGCUAUUGAAAAGAUGGAUGGACUCGGCGGCAAGGACGGUUGGGCCUGGAUUUUCAUCCUCGAAGGUCUCGCUACUGUCGUCGCGGGUUGCUUUUGUUGGUGGCUUGUCUUUGAUUGGCCCGAGACAGCUCGUUUCCUCAGCGUAGAUGAUCGCAUUCGCGUUCAGCGCCGUCUUAUCAUGGAUCGCCAGGGCCGUACUGCUGAGGACUCGGACAAGAGGCAUAUGUACGCUGCUAUGAAAGACUGGAAGACAUAUGGAUACAUGGUCAUCUAUAUGGGCUGCCUCACCCCUCUGUACGCCUUCUCUCUUUUCCUCCCCACGAUUAUCGCCGGUAUGGGCCACCAAGGAACCAAAGCUCAGCUACUAUCUGUUCCUCCCUAUGCUGUCGCCGCCGCUUUAACCGUCUGUGUUGGUUUCUACGCCGAUCGCACACGCCAACGAGGCCUUUGCAAUAUUGCCACUGUUUUGCUUGCUAUUGUUGGCUUCGCCAUGUUGAUUGCCAGUUCCGAUCCAACUGUGCAAUACGUCGCUGUCUUCCUCGGUGCAGCGGGCAUUUACCCCACCAUCCCGAACACCCUCUCGUGGCUGAACAACAACACCGAAGGUUCUUUGAAGCGUGCCUUUGUCUUGGGCGUCGUCGUCGGCUGGGGAAACCUGAAUGGUGUCGUGUCUUCCAACAUUUAUUUGGCCCAGCAGAAGCCCCGCUACUACACUGGACACGGCGUUCUUCUUGGCUUUCUGACUGUGUUUUUGCUUGGCGGCUCGAUCUGGAUGCACUUUGGACUUCGCAAGAUGAACAAAGAUCGAAGAGCUGGUAAGCUGGAUGAGAAGUGGAACGCUCUGACGGAUGACCAGAAGUGGAUUCAGGGUGACCUUCGUCCUGACUUUAUGUAUGUCUUAUAA